AGUUGUAGGACAACACGAGACAUACUUACAUGAUAUUUGAUUAUAAUAUUUGAGGAUUUAUAUUUUCUAUUCUUGAGAGAAUAUUAUAGCUUCAGCACACAAGAUGAAUUUCGGCAACGGAGAUGAGAUCCGUGUGGCGUCACAGCUGCAUACUGGUGUGCUGUCGCCAUCUAAGGACUCGUACAUGCCAGCGCUGAUCGAAGUCGGCAAUGACAGGACGAGGCGAAUACGACAGUUGAAGUUACGAUCAAGGGGGAUACUCAUAUGUGUUUCUCCGAUGGGUUCUCUAGGCGAGAAAGAGGCGAAGGAUGUUUCUCUGAUGGGUUCUCUAGGCGAGAAAGAGGCGAAGGAUGUUUCUCUGAUGGGUUCUCUAGGCGAGAAAGAGGCGAAGGAAAUUUCUCUGAUGGGUUCUCUAGGCGAGAAAGAGGCGAAGGGUGCUUCUCUGAUGUUUCUCUCUAACCAAAGCCCUAGGCGAGAAAGAGGCGAAGGCGCAAGCGGAGAGGCAGGUGGCCGAAGUCGUGCCGAUCACGUCAGCGCAAUUGAUGCAGAGAGACGCGGCACUACCUUGUUUUUAGCACCUCACAGAACACUCUUUUCUACAUGUUGGAUCAAACAGACUAUUUGAUUAUGAUUUUCAUUCUUAUCAGGGACCAGCUUGGAGCACUUUUUUAACCUACAUUCUUUCUUAGAUGGUAUCUCACGCUCACCUUCUUCAGUCUUCCCAACUACAAUUCGAUUCUACACAACAUCACUAGGAGCUCGCCCAGCGCAUGAUGAAGAAGCGAAAGUAUCGGGAGAAACACGUUUUGCAGAUCCUGUUUGAUCAUGAAAAGUUCGCCAAGUUGCAACAAGAUUUCGAGAGGAACGAUGGCGUCUUGGAUUUGGAGAAGUUUCUUAUCUCAGUACUGGUCAACUUUGACAUCUACCAGUACACUGGGUCAGAUGAGGAUGCGGCUGAGGAGGUAAAAGGUGGCGAUUCAGAAGAUGAGGGAGAUAAUGUUUUUAAGGCGUUCUUUCUUGUGUUCUUUCUACUAGCAUCUUUACUUUUUAUAGAGGAUGUUGAAGUGCUGUAGAAAGAGGGAAGUGCUGUAGAAGACGUCUUUUUCAUCUAGAACCACUCCUACCUGCAGAAGUCUAAUAUACCAACCGGCCCCUUCUUCGAUUCCUCUGCUAGUUCCGGACCUUCGAGGCCUCAGUCACGUGCCCAUUUUCACGCAACCGCCUCUAGUGCUGCUAGAGGAGAGGACCCUGCAGCAGCAGACCCACACGCGACUGCAGACCUGUUGUCGAUAUCUCCAGAGCUGCUCUUCAAUGUGGCUUCUAUCGUGGAGUUGUUCAGACAGAUUGACGUUCACUCUGUAGGUGAGAUAACCUGGGAGGAGGCGAGUACGUUGUUGAUCGAGCAGGGCAAACGAGCGUCGAGUGCUGAUGGGUAGUUAUAGUCUGCUAACUAGAUGAGACGCAUUGAUUCUUCAUUCUUAGCAGCAACUUGAUUCUUCAUUCUUCAUUAGACGCAUUGAUUCUUCAUUCUUCAUUCUAGAUGAGACGCAUUGAUUCGUCUUAUUUGUCGAUCGUCCCCCAUGAUGCGAUCCUAUUUGAAUCAAUUCAUCAGUGCGACGCUCACGCUCGACACAAAGAGCUACCACGAGUCAGCCAUCCAGGACACGACGAAACAUGAUGCGAACGUUGAAAGGAUAGUCUAUGUCAAGGAAAUCAACGCCCUAGCGACGUUUUCCCAAUCCCGAAAAUUCCGCAUCUACGAUCCGAAGAGACUCACCUUAAAAGCCGAAGUCUCCGGUCAUCGUGGGAGUGUGAUUACCUGCGCCUACAUUGAGCCCAUGGCGCAACUCGCUACCUGUGCAAGUGACAUGACGAUUUGUCUCUGGGAUGCAACUAGUAUGAAAUUGCGGAGUCGCAUAGUCUGCCGUGACGUGCAGAUCUGCCUCUGCUACCAUGCCAGCGUGGACCCGAGCUGUCUUUACUCGGGGUCUAUUGAUGGAACCUUGUCGAAGUGGCACUUGACGACGUUAUCGUUGAAAGAAAGCAGACGAGGACAUAAAGGGGAGAUCAACGAUCUGCUGUUACGACUGGAAAAGUAGAAGAUAGCUGUCUGUCUUAGUAAGAAUGAAUCGAGUUAGUUAGCAACAUCAUCACCUUCAUCACCUUCAACAACAGGACACAACUGGCGAAAUAGUAGCAAUUGAAGCAAAUGGCGAGCAAGUAGAAGCGCCGCAUCCACAUAGUCCACAUAGUCAACUUUUUCAACACAACAGUUUCAACAUCAGGGAAAUCUGUAAAACUCAGAAGAGAUUCAGGGAAGUCGUAGGACAAUUCCGAACCGACUAACAAACAUCAUCAUCGAGAAUGAAUCGAGGAGAUUCACUUGAUGUUUUGAAUUUGAUUUUAUAGGUUGAUAGAAACCUAAACCUCUAAGACCUGUGCUUCCCGAUAUGCUUCUGAUCGCCUCUGCAUCCUCCGAUGGCACCAUCAUCCUGUGGGAUAUCCAGACCUUCAGGCCUAAAAAGCAUCUGAAGGGGCACAAAAAGUCGGUGCUGCAGCUCGCCUACUCGAUGGGGUGCCUGCUUAGUGUCGGGUAAUUGUACAGUUGGUGGUUACAAGAGGUAGAGGAAAAAUAACUACAAGUUGAAUUUGUUUUCUUAUUCCGCCUUUCUCCCAAUCGAAUCUCUUUUCAAUUUUUGCGUUGACUUCACAAACCCAUUCCCACACUCAUCAGCCUCGACCAAGAAGCCCUAGUUUGGAAUCCGUAUGUGGAAACGAGUCACCUCUUCAAGCUCAAAGGACACGCCCACUCUCUAGUCGGUAUUGGUGUUGGAGUCGGCUCAUAUCCGCAACUCGUGACGGGAGAUAUAGGUGGCAUUUUGCGAGUGUGGGAUGUCAGGAACUUUCGGUGUGCACAGGUAAGUGCCUAUCAUUUUUCCCACCCUACGAUCGAAAAGAAGAAGAAGAUGAAGUACAACUUGUUUGUGGUCAAAUUAAUAUUAGUACCUAGUUCCAUCAUGGACAAUCUGCUGCUUCACCUCCACCUGAAAUAGCUUCUGACAGGUCUUCGGCGCGACCGAUGCUGUAACAGAUCUCACUUGUUUUUGCGUAAUACCGGAACUUAAACGUAUUGCUUGCGGUGUCGGUAACAUCCGACUUUACGACUAUGUCGACAGCCGAGAGCAUGGCGCAAUGGGUGAUGGUGGCAGUAGUGGACGGGCGGAGGAAGAGACAGAUCCCUUGGUUAUGAUGUAAAUGUGAAAUGUUUGUUGAGACUACAACUUUCUCAGAAGUAGUUUCACUUUGACGUUCGGUAUUCAGAGGACCACUUGCAUUCAUCUCAGUACCUCUGUCCUCUAACCUCCGCGUCCGUUGCUGUGCGUGGGAACCACAUAGAGGCCGAUUCGUCACCUUAAGCAGGAAAAACCUCAAAAUUUGGGAUGCGGAGACUGGAUGCAUGAUUCGCAUGUUGAAGGACCUAUUCCCUGGAAUACCGAAUGAGCUAACGGCUUUCUGUGUGUCCUCCAACGCUAGAAAAUUGAUCGUAGGCAACGCGCAUGGGACGAUCGCGAGCUUCUCAACGAAUGGGAAGUUUAUGCGAGAAUUCUCGGUGCCAAAUGCGGUGGGGGAAGAGGUACUCGGCAUCCAAUGAUCCAUCCAAGGUAACCUCAAUGGCCCUCAAUGACUUGGACAAAACAUCCAAGAAAGAUCCAUCCAAGGUAACCUCAAUGGCCCUCUAUGACUUAUAGACAAAAGAUCCAAACAUACAUCCAAGGUAACCUAAGUGGCCCUCUAUGACUUAUUUAGACAAGACAUCCAAGAAACAUCCAUCCAAGGUAACCCAAAUGGCCCUCUAUGACUCGCCCAUAG